AUUCGGACGAUUUGUUUGCAGAUUUGAAUGUAAAGACAGCAAAAUCCACUCAUGAGCGUCGUUCAUUAAUACACACCCGAGUUUCGUCUUUAGCCGAUCAGACGGUUUUUGUAGUUCCAAAUAAUGGAAAUUCUCAAUCAUUACAAUUACAGUCAAAACGUCAAUCGUUCACUUUACAGAAUUCGGCAAAAGCGAACCGUAUCACGUCCAAGAAUAACAAAGUUUCACUUGAAGAAUUUGGCAUUAAUAUAGAUCACUCUGUCACAAUGCCUGUAAAUAAUGAAACACCUAGCUUUUCCUUAUUAAAUUCGCCGCCAUCUUCUGCAAGAUUAAGAACGGAAAAUACGGAAUUAGAACUUAAAAGAUUGGAGAACGAAUUGAAACAACUAGUCGAUGUUCAACUUACAGUUUUUCAAAAGCGAAAUAAAAUUCAUGGACAAUUGGUGGAGUUAUGGAAAACAAUGAAAACAUUAGAAACUGAUCAAGCGAAUGCAUUAGCAAAUGAAGAUUAUGUUCAAGCAGAUAAGGUUACUCGUGAUAUACAGGAAUUAAAUAGUAAAAUCAAAACUUUUUGUGGUGUAUUACCCGGAAUAGAACAAACUUUAAAUGAAUUGAGAGAAAAGCAAGCUAAAUAUCUAAAAAGUCAAGCUGAAACAAGCAAGACUUUGGAAAAAGAACUUGUAAAAAAAAAGAGAGAAGAGGAGGAUUCCUGUAAACAAUAUGCUGUAGAUAUGGAGAAUUUACGUAAUAUUGAGACAAAACAAAUUAACGAAAUGCGAAAAGAAAUUGAUAAAGAGAAUAGUGAAAUUGUCUUCGGAUUAGAUAUCUGGAAUAAAGGUAUAGCUGAUAUGAACGAAAGAAUAGAAGAACGUGUUCGUGAUGAAAAAUUGGAACGUGAAUCACUGUUAAAGAAGCGUGAAAACGUUCAGACUCAAAUAGCAGAGCUUUUACAGCGUCUUGAAAAACUUAGGACAGAAGAAGAAAGUUACACGAGACAAAUCACAGAUAUUGAUUUACAAAUUGAAAGCAUUACUAACGAAUUUAAUGAGGAACGAGAUGAAAAUUCCAGAGAAAAAAAUGAAUUGGACAGAAGAAAACAAGAGAUUGAUAAUAAAACGAGAUAUAUAGAAGAAACGGAAACUUAUUUACACCAAAGACUUGAACAUUAUCGCAAGGGGCAAGAAACAUCACAAGAGCAAUUGGAAUCAUUAGAGCAACGUAUUAGCGCAAUUAGAUUGAUGGCUAAGUCAUAUCGUGAAGAAGCUAUCGAAGUUGAGAAGCUGAUAGAACAUUUAAAGGAUCGUAGUCAGAGGGAUAACGAUUGUGAAAAAGAAAUUUUCGAUAUACGGCUACAAAUGGAAGAAAGUGAUACAGAAGUUAAGCGACUAACCUCAAAAGUGAUGCACGAUCAACAAACUUAUUCGAAUAUUAAACAGGACAUAUCAACGAUAGAUACUCAAAUACCAGCUUUGGAAGAACAAAAAAAGUUGGCUGUUGCAGGACGGGACUUUAAAUCAGCAGGCCGUUUAGCUAAUAGGAUAAAGGAUCUUCAGUCGACUCGUGAUGAACGAACAAAAUUUUUAGAAACGAAACGUGAAAGUUUGGAGCGUGAUCAAGAAGGACUAAAAGCAUCAAGAAAAAUAUUAGAAGAAAAUACGGCAAAAUUUGCUGAGGCAGUGAAAACAAUUGGGGCAGAACUGGAAGAAGAGUUACAGGAAUCCCUUCUUCAAUUACGGUCAAGAUAUGAUGUGGCUAAUCAGCAAAAGCUGAAUAUUUUGCAAGGUUUACUGCAGAAUGAAAUACAAGGAAUGGAAUAUCGAAUAAAUCAUGUGCGAAUGAAAUAUGGUAUUAGCGAUGAGAGGGGUCCUUAA